GAGGAAAUGGUACCGAGCUUACAGUUACCUCGUUCUUUUACCGUGUAUCAUGAUGCUGUGCUUCGUAUGUGCUCCACAAACAAUUAACCUUCCGAUGAUCGCGAGUGACUCUGAUCUGGUGAUCGAGAAUCUAUCGACUAACAUUACCAUCACGCUGUCGCUUAUGAAGACAAUAGUUAUUUGGUUCAAAGGCAAAUCAUUAAGACCUCUGAUAAAGUGCAUGGUCAACGAUUGGGACACAGUGAUGAACGAAACCGAACGAGAAACAAUGGUGAACAUUGCGAUAAUCACCAGAAAGACUACAAUGAGAAGCACAUUGAUGGUUAACAUCGUAGUUCUCGCUUUUCUACCUGCACGACUAUCUAACAUGAGAUACAACGACAGCGCACUGUUCUUUCGUGGUUAUUUCCCCUACAACACUAGCAUCAGUCCAAAUUUCGAAUUGACGAUGAUCGGUCAAUUCGUCGCUACUGUUUAUGCUGCGAAUACCUACACAGCUAUAGAUACUUUUGUCGUCCUGUUGAUUUUUCAUGUCUGUGGACAGCUUUCGAAUUUGAGAGACGAUUUACAGAAGAUUCAUUCGUACGAUAAGAAAGAUGUAGAAACGAAGUUGCGGAAAAUUAUUCAGAAGCAUGAAUAUAUUAACAGCCGCCGUUUAGCAAAUAUUAAUCAUGUCGUACGUACAUCUAAGGUUCGCGACAACGAUAGAGAAUUCUUUCAACAUGAUGCUUCUGCUUCAAAUGCUGGGUUGCACUAUUCAAAUAUGCUCUCAGUCUUAUCAAAUCAUUAUGGUACGAAGUCAUUUGAAGAGGAAGCAAUGGAAUACAUGAUUUUCCAAAUUACGUUUCUGUUGUUAUACGUAGUUUACGUGAUGUUGCAAUUGUUCCUAUAUUGUUACAUGGGAGAAAAACUAGCAGCCGAGAGUACGGAAAUAGCUAACACGGCGUACUACGCCGAAUGGUACAAUUUACCUCCCAAGAAUGCAAGAUGGCUUGUAAUUAUUAUGUGCCGUGCCAGAUCUUCACCGUUACAAAUUACAGCAGGCAGAUUUUAUUGGUUUACUCUAGCGCUAUAUACUCAGGUAAGUGUGAACGAGUCCUAAUACGAUUUACGAACACAAACUUUCUUAACAAUUCUGUGAUAAAUUGCGAAGUAUCUGAGAGCUACAGUGACCAAUUUAUAACGCAUUGUCAAUUGUUGACACAACAAAAAUUAUAACGAGUAUUAGAUGAUUGCUGUUCAAUUGCUGAUCAAUUCUAGCAGCACUGACUACAGGCUCAGAAUGUAUCGAUACAAUUUAGGUACCAAAUUCUGAAACACAUCCUGUGUAAAAAACACAAAAAUAUCUCGCAAUUUAAAUGCUACAGGUUACAUUCUAGCGUAUUAAGAGAGAUGGAUAUAGUAGAAGAAAAAAGC